CACAUUUUUCCGGUGAAAUAUAUUUAUAUAAUUGUUUCCGGCAAUAUUUAGAAGUUACAGAUCAAGGAUAUCGAUCCUUCUAAACAUAUCAAUUUAUUUUAGAACGCAUGUCUGUUACCUAUUUAUUCUUAUUGUUGAAAACGUAUGAAACACUCUAUAAUUGUUAAAAUCAUAAGCAAAAUGUUAAUCAAAACUUUCGGAUUUAUUUUAUUUUUCUCAUCGUCACAAUCCGAAAGCCUUUUUAGGCCAAACUUGCCAAUGGGCGAAUAUCGCAUUGUGUUUGAUAAAGUAUAUCCGUGUGAAACAUCAAAAAACUAUCCGAUUCAAUUAAAUUGGUAUUUGAGUAAAAAGACAUCAAGUAUAACAGAGUUAAAAGGCAAUACGACAUUUUUGAUACCUUUCGAUGAUACUCUUACAAUCGAUUAUAAAUUUGCGUCUUGGGGCUCAACUGGUGGAUGGGUGCCAAAUGCAUUAAUUAUCGAGAAAAAAAAGGCAUGCAGUAAUCUAAAACAUCUCGUUGGAAAUGCAUGGUUUAUCUUUAUGGAGGGUUUCAACUUUCCAACUAAUGAAUGUCCAUUACCAGCGGGCACAUAUAUUACGUCAGGGAUCGAUAAGAAGAAAUUUGAAGAUAUGAACUUUCCAAAAGUAUUUUUUUAUGGAAAAUAUAAAGUUGUGCUUCGCCAUAGAAAUUUGAAAAAUGAAGUUGUUGGCUGCCAUCUUAUUGAGUUUAGUCUUAUAAGACCAUGGGAAACACCAAUUUGAUUAUACUAUAUGAAAUAAUAAUUUAAAAUGUUAUUGAUUUAUCAUAAAGAUUACGUACGUAAUAAAUAUUUUUAACAGACCUAAUCAGAUUUAGUUCGUCUUCUAGGUGGGGGGGAAGGGAGAAUAUCGUUUUGGUCCAUAUAUUGUACUUUUUCUUGUUAAUCACUAAAUCCAAAUACUAUAAAUGACAAUACGGGACAAACAAUAAUAAUUAUUUUAGAAGACCUAGCCCGCUGGAAAUACUCAAAUGCGCUAUAUAUGACGUACGUA